AUGUUCCACUCCUACUCCUCCGCCGGUCCCUGUGGUCGAGUGUCUGUGUUCCUGGACCCUGAUGCUGGAUCUCUGUCCUUCUUUCACCUUCGCUCGGAUGGAGAACUGUCCCACAUCCACACCUGCACCUCUUCCUUGACUGAGCCUCUGUUCCCUGGAUUUGGACUGUGGAAAGAAGAGGUGGAGGUGGCGCUCCCUGCUGGGCUGGUGGAGGAGGAGCAGGUGAUGUUGACCCCCGCAGUGCAGGUCCCAGCUGAGGGCUACAGCGAGCCAGACUGUCACAACAAGUGCCACUCCCACUUCCAUGAUACGGUGGGAGCGCCCAGCCAGGAACACCACCAUCACCACGACUACCACCACAUCCUCCACCACCACCACUCUCAGAACCACCACCCUCACUCGCACUCUCACUCCCACGGCCUGGGGCACCUGGAGGGGGCCGGCAUUACCUCGCUUGCCUGGAUGGUCGUCAUGGGGGACGGCCUGCACAACUUCAGCGACGGACUAGCCAUCGGAGCUGCAUUCACAGAGAGUCUGUCCAGUGGCCUCAGCACCAGUGUGGCCGUCUUCUGCCACGAGCUGCCGCAUGAACUCGGGGACUUUGCGGUGCUGCUGAAGGCAGGUAUGACGGUGAAGCAGGCCAUUAUGUACAACGUGCUGUCGGCCAUGAUGGGGUACCUGGGCAUGGGCACGGGCAUCCUGAUCGGUCACUACGCCGAGAACGUGUCCAUGUGGGUCUUUGCUCUGACCGCGGGCCUCUUCAUGUACGUGGCCCUGGUGGAUAUGAUACCGGAGAUGCUGCACAACAAUGCGGGCGAGCACGGCUUCAGUCACUGGGGGUUCUUCGGGCUCCAGAACGCGGGGAUCCUGCUGGGCUUCUCCAUCAUGCUGCUCAUAGCUCUGUUCGAGCACCGCAUCCACCUGGACCUGGGACAAUGA